CGUAAUACGAUAAAUAACUUCAUCUACUACCUAGAGGGUUUAGGCAAAUCAGGCCUCUAUAAAAAAGGGACACCCCGCUACCCUACUAAACGAAAGGUGUUAAAGACUUAUGAGAGCUAUUACGGAGUUACUAAAAAGGACGUUGAAAAGUUACUACGUCUCUAUCGUGUUUAUAUAGUAGCAAGGUACCCUCCUCCUGCCCCGCGGGCCCUGCAGGCGAUCCUCUCAAGAGAGAUAUUCGAGCGGGUAUAGAUAGAUCUAAUUGAUUACCGGAACCACCCUAAUCCAGUUACGCAGGAUAAAUACGUGCUACAUAUAAGGGAUCACUACUCUAAAUACUGCAUGUUAAUACCUCUAAAAGAUAAGAUAGCGAGGAUAGUAGCCGCCGGGAUACUCCGUUAGAUCCAGGCCUUCGGUAUACCUCAUAGGAUACAAAUAGAUAACGGCACUGAGUUUGUAAGCGCUGCUACUUAAUAGCUAUUCAACGAUUUCGGCAUUGAUACGU